CAAAAGAGAGUGAUACACAGACUCUCUCUCUCUCUCUCUCUCUCGUUUAUAUGUCAUGGUUUUCUUUUGUGUUUUUUGUUUUGAAAUCAAACAAAAGGCAGUAAAGGCCAGAACCCAGUAACAACAACAGUCAGCUGUUGUGUAUUUUUCUCUUCCAAUAGUUGUAUUGUCUUCGCCAAGUUUAGAGUUUUCUGUUUCCUUGUCCUUUCCCAGCUGAAUGAUUUGUUAGUCAAAGGUUGUCAUCAUAGGUUUUGGUUAGUUUAACUUAUUCCAACCAAAACCCAGUUUCAAAUUCAGAUGCAAAUGAUGUCUGCUGAUUCAUUUUCAUUAUCAUCAUCACUAGGAGGGUUUGCUCUUCAAGACCAACAAAUCCCAAACCCUAACCCUAAAUCUAUUCCUAAUUCAGCAUCCAAGAAGAAGAGAAAUCUACCAGGAACUCCAGACCCAGAUGCAGAGGUUAUUGCUCUAUCUCCCAAGUCUCUCAUGGCCACAAACCGCUUCAUAUGCGAAAUAUGCAACAAGGGGUUCCAAAGAGACCAAAACUUACAGCUCCAUAGAAGAGGACACAAUCUCCCAUGGAAGCUAAAGCAAAGGACCAACAAAGAAAUCCGGAAGAAGGUCUACAUAUGCCCUGAAAAGACAUGUGUUCACCAUGACCCAUCAAGAGCUCUUGGCGACCUCACUGGGAUAAAGAAGCAUUUUAGCAGAAAACAUGGAGAGAAGAAGUGGAAGUGCGACAAGUGUUCGAAGAAAUACGCAGUUCAAUCUGACUGGAAGGCUCACUCCAAGACUUGUGGGACUAGAGAAUACAAGUGUGAUUGCGGAACCUUAUUUUCCAGGAAAGACAGCUUCAUAACACACAGAGCAUUUUGCGAUGCAUUGACUAAAGAAAGUGAAGAAGUAUUUACUCCAGUAGCAGCAGCAGAAAAUCUCAAUUUCAGUGGAAGUGACACAUUGAACAUGUCACAUGGAGAUCCUCAAUUUGCAGGCUUCAGUGCAGAUCAACAAUUAAAGCCCGGAUUGCAAUUGUGGCUAAACCAUGCUGGGAAUUCACAGAUCAAUCCAAACAAUCUUUUUCCAGCGGCGAGUGCUAGUACUCAUAAUUUGCCUGAGAUGGUGCAAUUGGGAUCUGCUAAUCUGGCCAACAAUAUAGGUAACCCAUCAAUGCCACCAUUACUGCAGCAAUAUUCUCACGGGUUAAAGGAGGAAAGGGCGAGUCUUUACUCUGAUAAUGCCCACAUCAAGCAAUCGAAACCACCUCCUGCGCCUAUGUCUGCUACUGCACUCUUACAAAAGGCAGCCCAAAUGGGUUCCACUAGAACCAACAAUCAAUCCAUUUUUGGUGCAGUGAGUUCUUCUUCUUCUUCUCCUCCUUCUUCAUCAUUGCAGAGGGUUUUUCAGAAUGCCAAGCCAAACAGUGUUGAUCAAGAAGUGUUGGUAACAACUGAUACUACUACUACCACUACUUUGGAUCAGCUUAUGAUGCAGAGUACUCAAGAACAAAUUGAACAUCAGAUGCGUAGUUCUUUCGAGAAGGGUCUUACGAGAGAUUUUCUUGGUAUCAGUGGAGAGUCCAGUCGUCCAUUUUUAGCGCAAGAGCUUAGGAAGUUCGCUUCAAUGAGCUCGGCGAUGGGGAUUGAGCCAAUUCAGUGGCAACCAUUCAAGUCUUAGCUAGCUAAUAGCUAGUUGGGGUUUUUGUCCCAGUGAUAUCCAUCCCAUAUUCCCAUCUCGUGUUUGUUAAAAUGCCCCAAUGAGAAUGAGAGUGAGAGAGAUCCAGCUGGAACCAAAGAGAUCGAUCAGGACUCAGAUCAGAGUGGUGAGCAGUGCAUGUGGUGAAAUGGUCCUUCCAGUCAUAUCCAUGUCUGUUCUUGUUGUUUUCUUUUUGUUUCUAUUUAACUCAGUUUUCUUUUUGUCGUAGAUCGGUAGUGUUAUAUUACAAUGUCUCUUCUCUUCUUUUUUUUCUUUCUUUCUGUUACGUUCUGAAACGGCACAGAAAACUACGUGAAAGUGUGAAAAGUUGGUGGGUCUCUUUGAAAACUUGUUAUUAUUAUAUAUGAGUUUAUGACUAUAAUUAAUUUUAUCUUCAA